AAGUUCUUCUCUGAGAUGAUAACACCGACAGCAACGUCAAUGAUGAAUCCGGUUGGUUUAAGAUCGAUGAUGUUUAUGGUAUGUGUGGUGUUGCAGGUUGUUCAUGGACAGCACCAAAUCAGAUGCCUUCGAAAGGAGAGGGAAGCACUCCUUCAAUUCAAGGCUGCCAUUGUCGAUCACUACGGCAUGCUAUCCUCUUGGACCACUCCCCACUGCUGCCAGUGGCAGGGAAUUCGCUGCAGCAACCUUACUGCCCACAUCCUAAGCCUCGACCUUCCUGGUAAAUAUCCAAAUUUUAUUCAGACAGCUUAUAUAAGCGGAGGUUAUAUAAGCGGAGAGAUACACGACUCGUUAAUGGAGUUGCCACAAUUAGAGUAUUUGAAUCUCAGUUCCAAUUAUUUUCGCAAUGAGAAAAUUCCAGAGUUUCUUGGUUCUCUUAGAAACUUGAAAUACCUUGAUCUCUCUUCAUCUGCUUUUGGUGGAGAAAUUCCAACUGAGUUAGGCUCUCUUUCUCGUUUGAAAUACUUAAAUCUUGCUAAUAAUCAUCUGAACGGUUCAAUCCCUCGUCAGCUUGGAAAUCUAUCCCGGUUGCAGCAUUUUGAUCUCAGUGACAAUGCUGUUGAAGGAAAUAUACCACCACAACUUGGAAAUCUCUUCCAGUUGCAACAUCUUGAUCUCAGUGACAAUGCUUUUGAAGGAAAUAUACCACCACAACUUGGAAAUCUCUCUCGGUUGCAUGAGCUAUAUCUUGGAGGAUAUGAUAUUAAUUUAUCUCAUGAAGGUCAGUGGCUCUCAAAUCUCCUUUCUUUAACACAUCUUUACAUGGACUCUGUAUCAAAUCUAAAUCGUUCUCAUACUUGGUUGCAAGUGAUUGCGGAGCUACCUGAACUAAGAGAACUAAGUUUAGUUGAUUGUAGCCUUUCCGAUCAUUUCAUUCUGUCAUCCAAACAUUCCAAGUUCAAUUUCCCUACUCUCUCUGUCCUUCAUCUUUCUCAGAACACCUUCACGUCACCAAUGGUAUUCGAGUGGGUGUCAAACGUCACUUCCAACCUUGUUGACCUUGACCUUAGUGAGAACCACUUGGAGGGUUUCACAUCAAGUGAUUUUGGCAUGGCCAUGAAUUUGCUUAGGCAUCUUGACAUCUCCUCUAAUUAUUUCAAGGCCAGGGAUUUGAUAUACUUCAUGAACAUAUGCACCUUACAUUCUUUAAACCUAUAUUCAAACAAUUUGAUAGAAGGUCUUUCAUCCAUUCUCAGUAAUUUGUCCAGUGGUUGCGUUAGACACUCAUUGCAAGAAUUGGAUCUGUCAUCAAAUCACAUCACCGGCACUUUGUCUGACAUUUCAGUAUUCUCUUCAUUGAAAACAUUGUUUCUUGAUGGAAAUUGGUUAAGUGGAACGAUAUCUGAAGGUGUGAAGUUACCAUCUACUUUGGAGCGUUUGUCAAUUAGCGCAAAUUCCUUUAAAGGUGGAAUUCCAAAAUCAUUUGGAAAUGCAUGUGCUUUGCGCUCAUUCAACAUGGGUGCUAAUAGCUUGAGUGAUGAGCUUCCAAUGAUAAUUGCUCAUUUGUCUGGAUGUGCUAGAUAUUCAUUGCAAGAAUUAUGUCUGUAUAUAAAUCAAAUAAAAGGCACACUACCUGACUUCUCAACAUUCACAUCUUUAAAAAGAUUAUAUCUUUAUGGCAAUAAGCUAAAUGGAGAGAUUCCUAAAUAUAUUCAAUUUCCACCUCAUUUGGAGGAACUCCAUGUGCAUUCAAAUUCUUUAAAAGGUGUGCUUAGUGACUACCAUUUCACUAACAUGUCUAAGUUACAUGUAUUAGAUUUAUCAGAUAAUUAUUUGGCCUUGACAUUUACCCAAAAUUGGGUUCCACUUUUUCAGUUGUUCACCAUAAAGUUGAGAUCUUGCAAAUUAGGUCCAACAUUUCCGAAAUGGUUGCAGACACAAAAUAACUUUUUUUAUAUUGACAUUUCAAAUGCUGCAAUAUCAGAUAUUGUUCCUAAAUGGUUUUGGGCUAAAUUACCACUACAAAAAGUGAUGACAAUGAAUAUUUCAUACAACAAUCUACAAGGUAUAAUUUCAAAUGUUUCAUCAAAGUAUGUUUCUAGGUCCAUGUCCCUUCAAUCAAAUCAAUUUGAAGGUUCUAUUCCUCCAUUUCUACGGAAUUCUCAAAUUCUUGAUUUAUCAAAAAAUAAAUUCUCAGAUUCUCAUUCUAUUUUGUGUGGAGAUGGUACCAGCCAAAGUUUAUUAUAUUUAGACCUUUCAUACAAUCAGUUAUUUGGACAUAUCCCAGAUUGUUGGAGACAAUUGAACUCAUUAGUUUAUUUGGAUUUGACUCACAAUAACUUUUCAGGAAAAAUUCCUACUUCAAUGGGAUCGCUUGUUGAACUUCAAGCAUUGUUAUUGAGAAACAACAACUUAAUAGAAAGAAUCCCUUUCACCUUGAGAAAUUGCACAAUGCUAGUAAUGCUUGAUAUGUCAGACAACAAAUUAUCAGGAUCUAUCCCUGAUUGGAUUGGGACAAAAGAAGAAUUGCAAAUUUUAAGUUUGAGAAAAAAUCAAUUCAUGGGAAGUUUACCUUUAGAAGUUUGUUGUCUAAGAAACAUUCGAGUCUUGGAUCUCUCAAUAAACAACUUAUCUGGAAACAUUCCUAAAUGCAUAAAAAACCUUACUUCAAUGGCCAAUAUAGAACAAAUUCAUUUUGGAGAUCAUAGCUAUGUGAUCAACCAUGGCUUUUACAAACUUGACAGGCCAUAUUAUUUGAAUGCAUUGUUGACAUGGAAAGGUUCCAAACAAAUGUUCAUGGAUGAAGGUUUGUCACUUUUAAAAUCAAUUGAUCUCUCAAGCAAUCAUUUCUCAGAAGAAAUUCCUGUAGAAAUAGAGACAUUAUCUGCAUUGAUUUCAUUGAACUUAUCAAGAAACAAUUUGACUGGAGAAAUUCCUCCAAACAUUGGAAAGUUAACAUCACUUGAUUCACUUGAUUUAUCAAGAAACCGACUUGUUGGUUUAAUUCUCCAAGUCUUACUCAAAUUUAUGGACUUGGUGUGCUAG